GGAAGAAGAAGAUUCAGGACCUGGUCUAUCUUGUGUUAGUUGUAAAAAAUCUUUGACCGCAUCUUAUUGGGCUAGUACGUUUGGUUACUUGGUAAGAGGUAUCAGUAGCUUCAUUAGGCCUGAAUCACUUGAGAUAGGCUACGACGACCAAGAAUGAACAGGAAUUAUCUCUGACAUCUGACGAGGCCUGGGCUGGCCCUCUCAUCACCGAACUGUUGGCGCGUCUGGACAGAAUCUCCAGCCAUAACUUUGGAUAUCGUUAGCAGAUAGCUAGAAGACAUCGAAUUCCCCCUUUCCAAGUUCGACAUUGUUGAUUUGAUGCCCCCGUCGUUCUGACAGUCAAAGCCGCCAAUAUGAUGCCGAUGAUCCUGACAGUGUACCUAAGUGAUGGGGAACAGGCACUGACAGAGGUGCCCAUCACCCCUGAGACGUCGUGCCGCGACGUGGUCGAGUUCUGCAAGGAGCCUGGCGAGAGCGGCUGCCACCUUGCUGAAGUGUGGCGAGGCAACGAACGAGCCAUCCCCUUUGAGCACAUGAUGUACGAGCACCUGCAGAAGUGGGGACCCCGAAAACAAGAGGUCAAGUUCUUCCUCCGGCACGAGGAGUCACCCACCGAAAGCAGCGAUCAAGGGAGCCAGCAAUCUCAAGAGCAGGCCAACCGUAGAAGUGGAAGUGGUGGGGAAAAACACAAUGAGAAUGGGGUGGGGAACCCCCGCGUGGAGCUCACGCUCUCGGAGCUGCAGGAGAUGGCCACACGGCAACAGCAGCAGAUCGAGGCCCAGCAACAGAUGCUUGUUGCCAAGGAGCAGCGUCUGCGCUACCUGAAGCAGCAGGAGCGGCGGCAGCAGCAGUCGGUGUCUGAAAGCGAGAAGCUGCAGAGGCUCAAGGAUCGCGUGGAGAGCCAGGAGGCCAAGCUUAAGAAGAUCCGCGCCAUGAGGGGCCAGGUGGACUACAGCAAAGUCAUCAACGGCAACCUGUCGGCGGAGAUUGAGCAGGUGAGUGGGCUGUUCCAGGAAAAGCAGGUGGAGCUGCAGUCAGCCGUGCUGCGGGUGGAGCAGCUGAGUCUGCAGCUGGAGGACCUGCGGCGGGGAAAGCUCAACGGCCUGCAGUCUGCGCUGGGAGGACAGGUCACCAGCACUGCAGCCCUGGAGCUGCGCAAACUCUACCAGGAGCUGCAGAUCCGGAACAAGCUGAACCAGGAUCAGAACAGCAAGCUACAGCAGCAGAAGGACCUGCUCAACAAGCGCAACAUGGAGGUGACACUCAUGGACAAGCGCAUCGGCGAGCUGCGGGAGCGCCUCUAUAAGAAAAAAGCUGAGGCACGUCAAAAAGAGAACUCACCUCUGAACAGGACCAACGGGCCUCCCUCUCCCCAGCCGGCCCCUGGGACUCUGGGCCGGGUGGCAGCCGUGGGGCCCUACAUUCAGGUCCCCGUGCCGGGUAGACAAGAGGGAGGCUACACUGGACCCCCCGAACCUAUGAAACCCCAGACACUGGGUGUCAACGCCCCAGCCAAUCAUGCAUGGUCUAGAACAGCUAAUGACGCUGGCUGGCCCACCCUUGGCAAGGGCAAUGCUUCUCUCAAGCCCCCCGACUGGAGGGAGUCUGGGCCGGACACGCAGGGAAAGACUCCCCCUCCGGGCUCCCCCGCUGCUACCACAGCAGAGAAGGUGCUGGACUCCAACAAGAUGACAGUCUCCUCCCCAGUGGCCCCAUCCAAGCCCCAGCCCCCUCCCUACGGCUCCCACCUAACUUCCGCCGGCUCCACCAGCUCUUUAGACCGCCGGCCAGGCCCGCUCCCCAACCCCCCCGGCCCUGUCUGGCCCCGUGUUCCCCCCUCCACCGGCUCCUCCUCCCAGCAGAUCCAGCAGCGCAUAUCGGUGCCCCCCAGCCCGACCUUCCAGCCCAACUUGCCUCUCUUCCCGCCGGGUCUUCCCGGGGAUCGGCCUGACCCUGUCCUGGCCGUGGCGGUACGCCCCUUCGUCCCAGACAGAGGCUCCCGGCCCCAGUCACCGCGCAAGGGCCCGGCCACCAUGAACUCCAGCUCCAUCUACCACAUGUACCUCCAGCAGGCGGCGCCCAAGAGCUAUCCGCUCAAGCCUGCGCUCAAAGCAGUGUACGGGAAGCCCGUUCUCCCCUCCAGCUCCACGCCGCCCUCCCCCCUGCCCUUCAUGCAGACAGGGGGCCCCUUCCCCGUGCUCCAGGGGCCGGCCGGUGAGGACACUGGGGACAGAGAGGGCCCUGACAUAGACGGGGCCCCGGAUACCCCACCGCCCAACGUGGAGAAUAUCCCGCGGCCCCUCAGCCCCACCAAGCUCACCCCCAUGGCCCAUUCGCCCCUCCGCUACCAAAGCGACGCCGACCUGGAAGCGCUGCGCAAGAAGCUGGCGAACGCCCCGCGGCCCCUCAAGAAGCGCAGCUCCAUCACUGAGCCAGAGGGCCCUGCCGGGCCCAACAUCCAGAAGCUACUCUACCAGCGCUUCAACACCCUGGCUGGUGGCAUGGAGGGUGGUGCCGCCGGAGCAGGGGGAGCCGGGUCGGGCGGCACGCCAUUUUACCAGCCCGCCAACCCACCCGACUACCCCGGCGACUCGUUGGCAGACGCCGACAACGGGAACCCGCUAUCUGAGGACCUGCUCCCUCCCCCGCCACCUGCCGUGGCAGAGGGAUCAUCCUCAGAGCCCUUGCCGCCGCCUGACGCCAAUGACAACAAGCUGCUGCCCCCGCCACCAGCCCCCGAGGGGAUCAGUCCCCCCGCCCUGGAGGCCUCGGAGGAUACCAACAACAAUAACCUAGGGGGAGUCUCGCUGGCCACCCUGCCCAGCCCUGUGCCUGAGGUCAGCUCUCCAGAGGAGGUUGCCACCACCCCCUCGCAGCCAGUGGAGAAGCGUACUAACCUGAAGAAGCCCAACUCGGAGCGGACGGGUCACGGCCUGAGGGUGAAGUUCAACCCCCUGGCUCUGCUGCUGGAUGCCUCACUGGAGGGCGAGUUUGACCUGGUGCAGAGGAUUAUCUACGAGGUGAAGAACCCCAGCACGGCCAACGACGAGGGCAUAACCCCACUGCACAACGCAGUGUGCGCCGGACACCACCACAUUGUCAAGUUCCUGCUCGACUUCGGAGUAAACGUCAACGCUGCCGACAGCGACGGCUGGACACCCCUGCACUGUGCAGCCUCCUGUAACAGCGUUCACCUGUGCAAGUUGCUGGUGGAGUCAGGAGCGGCCAUCUUUGCCAGCACCAUCAGCGACGUGGAGACAGCAGCAGACAAGUGUGAAGAGAUGGAGGAGGGCUUCAUCCAGUGCUCUCAGUUUCUCUACGGUGUCCAGGAAAAGCUAGGCGUGAUGAACAAGGGGGCGGUGUAUGCACUGUGGGAGUACGAGGCCCAGAGCCCAGAUGAGCUGUCGUUCGGCGAGGGCGACGCCAUUACCAUCCUGCGGCGGCAGGACGACAGCGAGACCGAGUGGUGGUGGGGCCGCCUGGACCACAGGGAGGGUUAUGUACCCCGCAACCUGCUGGGGCUCUACCCCAGGAUAAAACCUCGUCAGCGCUCCCUGGCUUAGCCCCUCUGCCUCUUCCUUGGGUGAAAAACUGGACUGCAGGCAGACGUGGCUGAAGACUGGCGGAAUGGGGCGGCCUGGUGCUCCCCUACUGUCACAGUUUCCCCCUCCUCCCCUCCUCCCUGGCUAUGGGACACUGGACAGUGUUCAACACUGACACACACACAGACCCCAGAGAAGACAGGAUCCCUCUGCUACCCCCUUUCGGUCGACCAAACCCCACUGCUCUCUCACUCUCUUCUUUCAGCUUUAUUUAAAUCCUGUUGUGUGUGUGUGUGUGUGUGUGUGUGUGUGUGUGUGUGUGUGUGUGUGUGUGUGUGUAAAGCUGGAGCACAAUGCUCAAUGGAGAAUCAAGCACUAACCACUAGUGUUUUUUUUGGACACCGCUCAGUCAUUCAGCUGACAGGACAUUCACCCCUAGUGCUUACCUCUGACGGUUGAUGUUGUGUGUCUGUUUGUAGAGGGUAAUGUAUGAGUGGUGAGUGUGUUUUGUGGUUUCAGUGUGUGUGUGUGAAUAGUUUAGAGGGCCCUGUGUGUUUGGAAAGUGUGUAUGUGUUUAAAGAGAGAGGGGUCUUGUGUGUGUGUGUGUGUGUGUGUGUGUGUGUGUGUGUGUGUGUGUGUGUGUACAAUAGGUUUGUGACAUGUGGAUGGUGUAUGUGUACCAGUGUUAAUUUAGUCAAUAACUAUGACGAAAAAUAUUAGUCAACAACCUAUUUUUCCGGACGAAAACUAAUGACGAUAACGAGAUGCCAUGAAAAAAACCCCAAUAACUAACAAUUGAGUUUUCAUUUUAGUUGAAGAAAACGUGACUAGACGAGAAUUCCACAUGGGACUAAUGGACAUUCAAUUUGACAUGAAGCUCCUUUUCAUCUGUUUUGUCCAAUCAUAAGCAUGCAUGCCUUUGUAGAAUAUGUAAUGCAAUCCUCUCAUUGGCAGAAUUAACGUCUUUCAGUUGCGCGGUCUGAUUGAGCUGAUCUGCCCAGGUCUCCUACACAGCUUCCAGGCGGUCACUUCAGUCACUCGUCAAUCUUUUGAACUGAUGCGCAGGACACUUCAAUUGUAACUAACCUAAACUAGAAACAAUGUUUACUCUCGCUUACUUUCAUGUAGGCUAUUUAUGCUUUGAUCACAUCAGAAACUCUAUUUUCCCCUAUGUUCUGCUAUUCAUCUGUGUUGCUGCUCUCACGGCCCGCAAAUACGAGUGCAGUUUUUCUGAUUUGAAAAUAUGAAUGAUAUUUGCUUAAUAUUAGGAGUACAGUAAUAUUUCUGGCAUUGUUGGAAAGCUCAGGUUCUCCCCUUUUAAGGGAGUCACUGUUAUUUAUCCCCAUCCCAAGGUUAUGAUGGGAGAAAAAGAGAUGUAUGCCUAAAUUGUUUAACCUGUAGCCAAGGCUUUAUAGCCAAUGGCUGGCAUUGGUUAAAAUCUGCCACAAUAGCAGUUUGCCAGCUAUAUGAGGGGAUAGUAGGCCUAGGCCUUGUUGGACACGGCUAUCUUAAUGUGCACAUGAUGAGUGAAUGAUUACGUAUGAUGAGGAGUUUAACAGAUCUAGAAUGUGUGUUUGCUGUGAAGAGGGGUGAGAGUUUGAGGUCUGUACAAGGGUGUGCCAGAUAUUAUGAAUGUUAUGUACAAUCAUAACAGGGAUUUUUGAAUUUCCCCUCUACUCAAUAUGAACAAAGAGUACCUAUAUCAAUUCUGUAGGUCGCUUCCUAAGUAAUUUCCGAAUAUGCUGGAAUUUUUCAACUUUCCUAACUUUUCCAUCAUAGCGUCUUUCCCUUUUCAAAUGAUAGGGUUUCUUUAGUGAUUUGACACUGCCCUUCCACAUGAUAAUAAAAAAAAGGCCUACUUAGGUUAUUUUCCAAAAGUAAAAAAAUAUUUCUCAACAUUGGUUCCUGGAUUUUAGUCCCAUGUAAAGCACUCUUCGUUAGUAAAGUGUAUUGGAUCAUUGAAAUUCCCCC